CGCAAAUAUGGAGGAGCAUGGCAUCGCGCUGCCGUCCAAGCCGACCGCGAUGCUCUCGGUGCACACGCGGCGCUGGGAGUCGCCGGACCUCGCCGCCGCCGACGUCGACUUGGCCGCGCCGCUUUCCAGCGUCCUCGUCGUCUUCCUUAACGGCCUCGGCCUGCCCCAGGACUCGUGGUUCCCAGUGGCCGACGCAAUCCCUGCGCUCCUGGAGCAGCGUGCGCUGCCAGUGGCAUCUCAGGUACUGCUGAUGUCGUACGACCGAUACGGGCAAGGACGUUCGACGGACAAGGACCCAGCAGAUGCUGCGGCGCCGGACCCGAGCCACGGCCACGACGCCUUGGACGUCGUUGCCGACUUGAACGAGCUCUUGUAUGUCGUCGCGCAGCUCUUGGCCUUGCCUGGGGGCCAGCUGCCACCCCUUGUGUUUGUCGCCAACUCGAUCGGGUGCGCCGUCGCGCGCCUGUACGCGCAGGUGUACCCUCGGCGCGUGCACGCAUUAUUGCUGGCCGACUCGAUCAUUGCCAACUCGCAUUACGGCCUCAUCAUUCCCGACCCGGACAAGGAGUCGAUUCCAGACGAGAUGCACGUGACGCCAGAGAUGCUCCGACGCGCCCGCGCGGCCCUCAACGCGCGCUUCCACCCGGACGUGGGCAACGCCGAGGGCUUCUCGCGCAAGAACCUCAAGGAGCUCCUCCCACACGCGAACGCGCCCAAGCUGCUAGCGACGCCAAUUAUCGGGCCGUAUGUGACAGUGCUCGAGCACGACCCGGUGGUGGCGCCCGAGAUCGUCGAGCUCUUCACGCAUCCGUUCUGGCACGCGUACAACAAAGGCCUCGUCGAGAUCACCAACGCUGAGCGGCGGCGAGGACCAACUGUUGUGCCGGGCGCCGGCCACUUUAUUCAUGCGACGCACCCCUCGGUCGUGGCCACCGAGACGGUCGACCUCGUCGUUAAAGUGCUGCUCGCCACGUGCCCCACCUCCAUGCAAUGACCUCCAUGCAGCCUUCCGAAUAUUACAGUCAUUGUACAGAGCAC